AUGGAGGCACUGGAAUUCUACGUCAAGGGCUCGCGCCUUGUCUUUGGCCUGAUAUAUACUCACAUCCACCAAAAGAUCCUGGCCGUGGGCCACCGAUGGACCUACCAGGAGACCACGUCGCCCAAGAACGUCGUCGUCCUCGGCGGUUCCUAUGCAGGCGUUCACCUUGCGCAGCGGUUAACAGAAUCGUUACCGACAGGCUAUCGCGCAGUCUUGGUUGAGAGGAACUCUCAUUUCAACCACCUGUUUGUGUUUCCUCGGUGCGGCGUAGUGCCUGGUGUGGAAAAAUCUGCCUUCAUCCCCUACGAUGGCAUCGCCAAAACCGCACCACCAGGCAUCUUUAAACACAUACAAGAUUCCGCAACAGCAAUCACACCCAAUCAAGUCCAACUUGCUUCCGGAGAGACUAUUGACUAUGAGUACCUUGCCAUUGCAACCGGCUCGUGGCAACCCUCGCCAGCAAAACUCACGUCGACGGAGAAAUCAGGCGCCUGUGAGGAGAUGCGUGCGUCGCAGGAUCGGAUCAAGCGUGCAGACCGUAUCGCCGUGGUUGGAGGCGGGCCGGUUGGGGUCCAGGUUGCCACGGAUAUUAAAAGCUUCUUCCCACAAAAGGAUGUGACAUUGAUCCAUUCACGCUCUCAGCUGCUACCCAAUUUCGGUCCCCGGUUACAUGAGCACGUCAUGAAGACGCUUAAACAGCUUCAGGUUAACUUGAUCCUGGGCGAACGUCCCCAGGCCGUGACCGAAGGGGUCAAAGAUAUGAUCAAGGACAGACACCAGGAGGCUCUAUGUUUCAAAGACGGCCGCAAACAGAUAUUCGACCUAGUGAUUCGCUGCACCGGCCAACGGCCCAACUCAAGCAUCCUCGCCAAGCUAUUCCCUUCCGCUAUCUGCGAGCAAACCGGGCAGAUCCUCGUACACCCUACCCUUCAGAUCAACAAUGGUCCUACCAUGCCAAACCCCAAUAUCUUCGCCCUGGGCGAUGUUGCCAAAACUACGGGCCCCAGAAUGGAGAGGACAGCGCGAGCGCAGGCUGAGAUAGUGGCUUCGAAUAUAGUUUCCUUGAUCACCGGGUAUACUCCGCUCGAGACCUAUCGUGUCAUGGAGGCACAUGGCGUCAUCAAGCUCACCUUGGGAAAGCACGACUGGGCCAUGUACUAUAGAGAGGAUAGUGGCCGCGAAUUGAUGGUAAACGGAAGAACGAAGAGUGAUGAAAUCGAUGUUCGUCCUGUCUGGCAGGCCAUGGGGGCGAAGUAUACUCCUAAUCCUUCCUAG